AUGGUGAAUCUUGCUCAGAUGACGACUUUCAAACACUUAGCCAAAGACGGAUCAAAUAUGGUCCAAUGGCAGGACGACGUUGAACGUACGAUAUACCUAAUCACUGGAGCUCAACGUUUCUGGGAAAGCACCAAACCGAUGUUUGCAACACGCCUCGACAACGAAGAGAACACUGCUGCUAUGAUAGUCAUUGAAACCACGAUUGACGAAUCUCUACGCCCUGUAACGAGAAAUCAAGAUCACGCACUUGACGCUUUGAAAGUUCUGAAACAACACUUUCAAAAAGGAGGACGAACUGCCCAAUUCGCAUUAUUUCAGAAACUUGUCUCUUUACGUUAUGAUCCUCAUGAGUCAGAUGUUUUAUCUCACACCACAAAAAUCAACAGCAUCUUAUCUGAAUUAAAUUCAACUGGUUUCAAAUUAUCUGAUGACUCACUCAAAGGCUUUCUAUAUCAAUUACACAUGCCACCGGAAAUGACCAAAGGUGUUAAUAGAGAACUUGAUGCGGUAUUCAAAUCAAAGUCAGGUGAAUUCACUGCAGCAGAAAUAUGUGACACUAUUCAAAUGCAUUUAACGCUAUGUCAACACCUAACCAAAGAACUCGUCCGAGAAUGA